AUGGCAUUUGACGGCGGCGUAUACGACACCCCGAUCUUCUCCCCUUACGCCAGCGACACCCCGGCGACGGUGUUUGAGCUGCCCGCCGACGGCGACCCCAAACCCGAGUUUGCGGCGGCGCUGGCGGCCGUGGCGGCUCCCGCCGGGGUGGCCCCCGUCCACAGUGUCGGCAUCAACAUGGACACGGUGGCCCAAGUGAAGCGGGCGAUGGCGGAGACGCUGGGGCUCAUCUCGUUGUACACGACGUUAAAGACGACCUACCUCAAGUUGUGCAAGGAAUUCAACUACUUGUUGCAGCUUUUCAAGGAGAACGAGCGGGUGAAGAUGGAAUUGAUCAAGGAGAACAACCAGUUGCGCCAGACGGUGGCCGAGCUCUUGAGCCGACAACCGGAGCCAGGCUCGGGAUAA